AUGAGCAGGGAGGGGACGGGAAGGGUGAAACACCCAAACAGCUACUCCGACAGCGGCUCCGAGAGUCAGCCCCUCGGCCCUGCCAAGCGGAGACCCGCAGCGGGGAGCAGAAACACCGGGAGAUGUGCACGGACACCCGCGGAGACUGCACGGCCCCGCGUCCGGCACGACCGCGAUUUUGGGGAGGGCGGUCCCAGCCAUGGGGAAGGGAACAUCCGCCAGCCUCUCGUUCGUCCCCAGGAGAAGGGGCACACCCCUCCAGCCGCGGUGCCUAUAGCCAUGCUGAAGGCAGGCGGCGUGAUGGGCGCGCAAGGGCAGCCGCGGGAAUUGCGCGCUCCCAAGGCGCGAUGGGCGCAGGCUCGGCGGCUGCAGGCGGAUCUGCGUGGCCGCGGAGCGCCCGGCGAGGACGAGCCGCGGGGAGGGCGAUGCGCGGUGCUGAGCUGUGACAUGCGCCAGGGCGUGCAAAACGCGUGGUUUUGGUUUUUUUUCCCUUCUGUUUUCCUCCUUCCUCUUCCUCGGUUGCUCCCUCUUUCUGCCUCUCUCAGGAGACGUACGCGGCAAAGUAGCCAAACACACCCCGCCAGCUACCCCUCUCCCGAACACCGCAGGGAAAGCACCGCGGUGGCGGAGGCGACCGGAGGUUCCACGUUCGCAGCCUCUGCCUCGGCCGUGGGGACGGGCGGUCACGUCCCGACGGCACCAAAGCUUAGAUAA